GGGUUAGGCAUCUCGGAAACAUUUUAAUUUCCCGAUUAUUUGUUCAAUUAGAACAUCAGAGUACAGGACUGUCGUAGAAUCAAAACGUAGACGAUCUACACCAGAUUUUGGCUAUUUUCAGAAUUACAGGAGCAGUAAGACGACAUGGAUAGAGGUCAUGGUUUCCUCAACAGAGAGCUCCGAAUGGUUUUGAUUGGCAUCACUGGCUCUGGCAAGAGUACGACUGGCAAUUCUAUCCUUGGCAGGGCAUGUUUUCCGACUGAGUGCAGCGCACAAUCCGUGACCACAGUAUGUCAGAAAGGUAGUGGCUCUCGGUUUGACUGUGAUCUAUAUGUCAUCGACACCCCCGGGCUCUUCGACACUGGCCGCUCUGACGCUGACGUCACAAGGGAGAUCUUGAAAUGCAUCGCCAUCUCUGCACCAGGACCUCACGCCUUCAUACUGGUCCUCAAGGUCGGGCGCUUUACUGCAGAAGAAAAUGCCACUGUUGAUUAUUUCAAGGAUGUUUUCGGCAAAGAGAUGCUGCGCUACCUGUUUGUUUUGUUUACUGGCAUGGAUGACCUCGAGAAUGAUGGGGUCACCUUGGAUGAGUAUAUCUCAAAGGCUCCACAGAAUCUGGUACAGCUGAUUCAAGAAUGCAAUGGGAAGUACGCUGGCAUAAACAACAGAGCGACAGAGCAAGUGAAAGAAUCACAGGUGAACUACCUGAUAAACAUGAUCAAGUCCAACGUGAAGAUUAACAACGGGACCUACUACACAACUGAAAUGCUCGCCGCAGCAGAGAUAGAGAUGCAAAAACGUGAGCAGCAAAUACUGAGUGAGAAAGAGGAAGAAAUACGCAGAGAAAGAGAAGAAGUGGAAAGGAGGUGCAUGAUGAAACGAGAAGAGAUGGAGAAACGCCUGAAAGAGGAGAACGACUAUUUGCAGAUUGAGCUGCAAAGGAAAGAAAAGGAAAGUCAGAGAGAAUUGCAGGAAAUAGUUCUACGGCAAAACGACGAGGCUCUCGAAAUGCAGAAACGACAGCAGGCGCUCAUCGAGAUGCUGAUGAAGCAAGGCGAGGAUAUGAAGGCAGAACUGGAGAAACGAAGACUCCAAGACGAAGAAGAGAGGAUGAAGAGAAUCAUGGACGAAAAGAAGAAGAAAUUUGAGGAAGAAAGCAAGCUGAAGCUGGAGGAAGAGAUUCGCCGACUUUCUGAGAAGAUGGCGAGAGAUGAAAAGGAGCGCAAGAUACGGGACGAUGAACUCAAAGCCUGUCUACAGAGAAUGGAGGAGAAACAUGUCCAGGUAGCCAGGAAACAGGCUAGAGAUGAAGCAGAAAGCGGGGUUCCACAAAUCAUUGGAUUCAUGUGGGAUUGUGUGACACAAUACGUACCAUUUUUAAAGUUUUUAAAGUAGUUUGGACACUUGUAUUUUUUAAAUCUUAACGAACAUGAUCAGUUUCUUGCAUAACCAGCUAUUCUGCUUAAAAUCAAUGGCGACAUCCAGUGAUCUAGUUUGAAAAAAAGUAACUAUACUAUUCACCAAGUUUAAAAGCUGUUGUUACUACCUGUACUACUAUUAAUAUUACUACUAAAAUAAUAAUACAGCUGUUACUAUCUGCACUACUAUUAAUAAUAUGCUCCGCAAGGCUCAAUGGGUAGGUGUAAACCACAUGCACCGACCAGUGAUCCAUAACU